CCUUCGAUCUUUCUGGAAUUUAGGGAUUGAUUUGGGAGGGAUGGAGGCGCGGGAAGAGUGAAGGCGCCUGCGAUGGCGCUGCAUUCUCUGUCCGGCGCAAUGCCGAUGGCGGUCAGGCCGAUCUCCGACACGAGAGUUUGCAUCGCGGCGCAGUCGAGGUUUGUGUGGAAUCCGGCGCUGCGAGGUAGGGUUUCCAGCCAGAAGACCGGCCUCGUCGUUGUGCUUUGGCACCGCCAGGGAAUGUGGAGGAAUGAGCUCCGAUCCUGCCAGUUACAAUGUGCUACCAGGAAAGGGAAGAUGAUUGUCAGGUGUCACGGUGGCAAGGUGAAACUCAGGCUUAGAUUGGAUCAUCAAGUCAAGUUUGGGGAGCAUCACGCUGUCAUAGGCUCGGCCGAUUUCAUGGGGUCUUGGAAAAAUCACGUGAGCAUGACAUGGACGGAGUCCGGUUGGGUGGCGGACAUUGAGGCGAGUCCGGGCGAUCGAGCUGAGUUUAAGUACGUCAUUGUGGCCGGAGAUGGAAGACUUACGUGGGAGGAAGGUCCCAACCGUGUGCUAGACGUUCCCAGCGGAGGGAGCGAAAUAGUGUCUCAGUGGGAGAAUCCUGAUUUGGUGGUGACGACUAACGGUGCUUCUGCGGAAGCUCAUGUCGAGGCGCCCGUGCAUGAAAAGAAAGAUAAAAAGGAGAAGGCCAAGGAAACCGUGACUGCUUCAAGCGAUGGUGAUAUGUCUUUUUCGCAAGGAUGGCAAGGCAAAAACGUUGCCUUCAUGAAAGCUAACGAGCACACGAGCAGGCAAGGAGGGAAAUGGGAAACCGCAGGUCUAGAUGGUGCGGUGCUGCGCAUCGUGGAAGGAGAUAAAAAGUCUGGUAAUUGGUGGCGAAAGUUGGAAGUUGUCCGGGAGCUUCUAACAGAUGAUCUAGGCAAGGCUGAUCGACUGGACGCUCUUGUUUAUUCUUCUACUUAUCUUAAGUGGAUAAGUACAGGUCAAAUACAAUGUUUUGAAGAUGGUGGUCAUUAUCGACCCAAGAAACAUGCCGAAAUCUCGCGGAUGAUUUUUCGGGAGCUUGAAAGCAUUUAUUCGGACAAGACAACAACAACAACAACAGAGGAACGUGUUGUGAUCAGAAAUAUCCAUCCUUGCUUGCCAUCAUUUAAGGCUGAGUUCACAGCGGCCGUUCCUUUGACACGUAUAAGGGAUAUUGCUCACAGAAAUGAUAUCCCUCACGAUCUAAAGCAAGAGAUAAAGCAUACAAUCCAGAACAAACUGCACAGAAAUGCUGGUCCGGAAGAUUUGGUUGCGACAGAAGCAUUAUUAGCUCGUGUGACCAAGACACCGGGAGAGUACAGUGCGGCGUUUGUUGAGCAACUCAAGAUCUUUCACGGUGAGCUCAAGGACUUCUUCAAUGCUAGCAGUUUGACUGAACGUUUGGAUGGGCUGCGUCCAUCACUAGAUGAGCAACAACUUUCCGUGAUGGAUAAUUUCAUGGAAAAGAAGAAGAAACUGGACGAAGUGGGGGAUGGUGGAAAUUCGGACAUGCUAAUCGGUGCCAUGCAUGCUUUGACGGGACUUCGGGCUGUUCUUUUGAAGGGCCUCGAAAGUGGACUAAGAAAUGAUGCGUCCGACGAUGCUAUUGCCAUGCGGCAAAAGUGGCGUCUUUCCGAGAUUGGCCUUGAGGACUACUUUUUCGUCGUGUUGAGCAGAUUUCUAAAUGCCAUGGAUAGCUCUGGUGGAGCAAAAUCUUUGAGCGGAGAAAUCCAAUCUAAAAGUACUAGCAAAUGGAAGCAACCGCUGGGUGGAGUUGUUCUGGGCAUUCGACAGCUAGGUUUGUCUGGAUGGCAGCAAGCUGAAUGUCUUGCUAUAGAGAAUGAACUCAUGACUUGGGAAAAGGAUGGCAUUUGCGGUAAAGGUAUGUCAAUAAUUCUAUAUAUGUUUUCUAAUCUGAGCUGGUCUUUAGGGAGUGAGGAGGAUAUCAGGAUGUGGGGUUUAAGAUUAAAAGCCACAUUAGAUCGAACGCAUCGGAUGGCCGAAACAUAUUCAGACUUGCUCCUUAAACUGUAUCCAAAGCGUGCACAGAACCUUGGAAAUGCGUUGGGGAUCCCCGAGAAUUCGGUUCGGACGUACGCCGAAGCAGAAAUCAGGGCCAGUGUUGUUUUCCAGCUUUCGAAGCUAUGUACGGUGCUCCUGAAGGCUAUUCGUUUCGUUUUACAUACCGAAGGUUGGGAUGUUCUUAUGCCCGGCAUUGCGUGUGGAAAGCUUUUUGAGGUCCAGAAAAUUGUUCCUGGAUCACUGCCUUCGUCAGCUGAGGGACCAGUUAUACUUCUGGUGAAACAAGCUGACGGCGAUGAGGAGGUUCGCGCUGCUGGGCCCAACGUUGCCGGAGUAAUACUUCAACAUGAGCUCCCUCAUUUGUCUCAUCUCGGUGUGCGAGCUCGUCAGGAGAAAGUUGUGUUUGUGACGUGCGACGACGACGAUAAAAUCAAGGAAAUGCGGUCGUUGCUUGGUAAAAGUAUCAAGCUGGAGUCUUCUUCUGUAGGUGUUCGUGUGUCGACUCAAGGAGCGGAGCAGGGAGCAAGCUCCACGGCCAGAGAAACAGAAAAGGGUGCCCAUGAUGAAGCCUCUGUUUCUGAAAGCAAGGUGGUCAAAAGCUCGUCAGGAGUUAUCCUUGAUCUCAAGGAUGCAGAUUUGGCGACAGCAGGUGCAAAAUCGAGCGCUUGCGGGAAACUAGCUACGCUGGCCGAGCUCUCUGCUGAAGAACAAAACAAUGGCGUUUCAUGCAAGUUUUUGGUACCACCGGGGCUAGUAAUUCCUUUCGGAUCAAUGGAGGGGGCAUUAGAAAGCAGUGGGAGUAUGGAUACGUUUCACGACUUGCUAGAGCAAACGGAAACAGCUCAGGUUGAGGAGGGUGAGCUCGAUGGGAUUUGCAACCAGCUACGCGAACUGGUAUCGUCACAGAGAUUGCCAAAGUCUGCGAUGAGCAAAAUUGCGGAAGGCUUCUCAUCCGACGCACGACUUAUCGUCAGGUCCAGCGCCAACGUAGAAGAUCUAGCCGGCAUGUCAGGGGCCGGGCUUUACGACUCCAUCCCCAACGUGAAGCUAUCAGAGCCCGAACACUUUUGCAAGGCAGUAGCAGGGGUGUGGGCUUCUCUAUACACGAGAAGAGCGGUUCUUAGCAGGCGGGUUGCAAAGGUACCACAGAAGGCAGCAUCAAUGGCGGUUCUAGUUCAGGAACUUCUGGCUCCGGAUCUAAGUUUUGUCCUGCAUACGGUGGAUCCGAUCGAUCGAAACGCUCAGAUAGUCCAGGGGGAAAUAGCGGCGGGCUUGGGAGAAACUCUGGCCUCUGGAACCAGAGGAACGCCGUGGAGGCUGUCGGCGAACAAGGUGGAUGGCAGUGUCAAGCUGGUGGCAUUUGCAAACUUUAGCGAGGAGUUCGUGGCGGGGAGAGAUGGAGUCGCGGAUGGCAAGGUUUCGAAGAGAGUGGUGGAUUACAGCACCAAGAAGCUGUCGGUGGACUUGGAGUACUCGGUGGCGCUGGGACAGCGGCUUGCUGCUAUAGGGACGUUUUUGGAGAAGAGUUUUGGAUGCCCGCAAGAUAUAGAAGGGUGUGUGGUAGGGGAGGAGAUUUACAUUGUCCAAGCCAGACCACAGCCAUAAUGGAAGCUUAAUGGUUUUGGGAACUUUAUGUAUGUGGGGAGUUCCAUCUAUGCAAUCUAUUCGUGGAGAUUGUUCUAGGA